AUGCGAGCCAUUGGGUUCAUAAGCUAUGAAUCUUGGAAAUUCGACUGUCAGGUUGCAGCUACUGACCUUGACGAUCCUGUGGCUGCCAGGACACAGCUCACCUUCACAUUUGCUCCGAACACAUUUUUCCGCAACCCUACACAAUUCUUAACGAUCGCGCCUACCACCGGGGUUAUCACUACCAGCAAGGUGUUACUGCGCACCAGCAACGAUCUGGAUGAUGUGUUGCCGUCCCAACUUUACUUCACAGUCAGAGUCGAUGAUUGGGGUGAGCCAAGCAAUCUAAAAGUAUAUACUAAUUCUUAG